AUGGACUUGAACGGACAAGGUCCUAGAAGUCCGCCUGGUGGUCGACCACCACCGACUCGAAACGGCUCUCAAAACUACGGAGACUCAAGACAAGGACAGCCCAGACAAGGACCUGGAGGCUACGGUGACUACGGAGACGGCGGAUACGGAGCUCGGCAGCCUCCCAAUCAAUACGGUGCUCAGCGAAGCAUGACGAUGCCUAAUAACGGUGCUGCUGGUGGGCGUGGAAUGCCGCAGAGACCGGCCACGACAACGGGGAACCGCCCUCCCCCACAGAGAACAUAUCCCCAGGAUAACCAAGGGCCACCGCAGCACCAGUAUAACAAUGGUGGUUAUGGUUCUGGCCCCGGUAUGAACGGUGACGAUGGAUAUGGGGGUGCGUACAACAAUAACGCAAUCGAUGACGUUUACGACUCUUACUACGACGAGCCGAGAGGAAGCAUAUCGAGCCACAACUCACAAACACAAGCACAAACACAUGCACAUGCGCGCCAAGAGAGCCGUUCAAGCAUGCCGGACUUUGACGCCAUCCCCGUGCACAGCAAACGAGACUCGUUUGAGCAAUCGAUGCGGCCCGCCGAGCAGUUGCAGCAAGGAAACCACCAGCCCAAGCUGAAUCACGCUCGAUCCAUGGUAGAGAUGCGCGGGUCAGGGUCUGGUGCCUUUGAGAUGAGCAACGACAUCCCUCAGGUUCCGCCGAUUCCUCAAUCACACGCGUACCAGCAUGGGUACGACCAAGGGUACGACCAAGGAUACGAUCAGGGACACGACCAAGGAUACAACGGGCCCGGAGGAUACUCGCAGCCGCCGAUCCCACGGGGGCCGAGUGCACCUCCGGGACCGGCCGGACAGCAUCCCGGGUUCGGGAAUAGCCGUCCGCCCAUUGUCCGGCCAGGUACCGCUGCGCCCCUGAAUCCAGACGGUCUACCUGCGCAUCCAACGCCGGUACGGCCAGGCUUGAUGGAAGGCUCAGCGGUGAAUCCGAAUGCUAAGCCGCCUCCGGUUCGAAAUUAUGGAGGCGGCCCUCAGCAGCAGCAGGCACCGAUGCAACAACCGCAGCAACAGAUGCGAUACUCACAGCAAUCACAACAGCAGCAGCAGCAGCAGCAGCAACAACAGCAACCAUACCCCCAACAACCACCGCCACCCGUGCGGGAGAAGGAGAGGGAGCCCCCUGUCACUCCCGGCGAGCUGGAGCACCUGAGGAUGAUUAUCAAAGGCAACCCCAAUGACCAGGCAUCUGCACUGAAAUUGGCAAAGCGACUCAUUGAAGCAUCCGAUGUGCUGAUACCCAACAUCCCCGACCCCAGAGGCAGGACCAAGGCUCGCGAGCGAUACCUCAUGGACGCCCACAAGAUCCUCAAGAAGCUGGUGGCCCAGCAGAACCAGGAUGCCAUGUUUGUCAUGGCGGAUGGCGGCGGCAGGGGCUUGUUCGGGCCCGACGUGGAUCCCAAAGAGGCCUUUUCGCUUUACCAGUCGGCGGCCAAGCUGGGCCAUGCUGCAGCUGCGUAUCGUACGGCUGUUUGCUGCGAGAUUGGCCACGAGGAAGGUGGCGGCACUCGCAAGGACCCGAUGAAGGCAAUUCAGUGGUACAAGCGCGCGGCCACUCUGGGCGAUCCGCCGGCCAUGUACAAGGUCGGCAUGAUUCUGCUCAAGGGGCUUCUAGGACAGCCCAAGAACCCGCGAGAGGCGGUUGGAUGGCUGAAGCGGGCGGCAGAGCGCGCAGAUUCCGAGAACCCGCACGCGCUUCACGAGCUUGGACUUCUGUACGAAUCCGCGCAGGGCAACGACGUCAUCAUCCGCGACGAGCAGUACGCCCUGACGCUGUUCCAGCAGGCGGCCGAGAUCGGCUACAAGUUUUCGCAGUUUCGGCUGGGCUGUGCCUACGAGUACGGGCUGCUGGGAUGCCCGAUUGACCCGAGGCUGUCCAUUGUGUGGUACUCGAGGGCGGCUCAGCAGGAGGAGCAUCAGUCGGAGCUUGCACUUAGCGGGUGGUAUCUGACGGGCAGCGAGGGCGUCCUGGGCCAGAGUGACACGGAGGCGUAUCUGUGGGCGAGAAAGGCCGCUGUUGCUGGGCUGGCAAAGGCAGAGUAUGCUAUGGGAUACUUUACCGAGGUUGGCAUUGGCGUUCCGGCGAACCUGGAGGAUGCCAAGCGGUGGUAUUGGCGAGCAGCUGCCCAGGAUUUCCCCAAGGCGCGAGAACGACUCGAGGACCUGAAGCGGUCUGGAAAGGAAAGGGCGCGCCCGAGGGAGCGCAUCUCACGCAGCUCGAAGCAGCAAGAAGGAGAUUGCGUGUUAAUGUAG